GAGAGCUGCUGCGCCACGGCCAAGCAUGGUCAAACAUGAAAGGCACAUGUUGACAUGACACCCUUCGAGUCUGGACAGCUGGCUCCAGCAACAAUCCACAAGGAGACAGCGCUUCAUCCCAGGACUGCCGCCGAGGGGAAUUUCACCUCGGAUUGAAGGACGCAGGAUUGCCAAGUUCCAGCGGAGCUCGAUCAGGUGCCCAAACCCGGACGGAGACCGACCGGGAGCCGCAGCUCACGCACACCCGGGCAAGCGGUCAGCUGUGAGAUUUGUCGGUAGCCGCCAGCGGCGGCCGCUACAACCAUGGACCCCACACAUCACGCCGCGGAGGAGGAAAAGUCGCGGCUCCAGCGGUACCUGCAACUUCAUGAACAGUCUCCGCUGCCACCGCCGAGCCGCAGCUCGGCAUCCGGCAGCAACACGGUGCCCAUGACCGAGGAAGAGCUCGACUCAUCCUUCCCGGUGGACAGCACCCCCAUCCCAUUGCACACCUACACCAUCCCGCGGGUCCCGGUCCCGGCUCCGGCCGCAAACCCGAUCCAGGCCGCGCCCCGCUCGCCCACCCCGCCGCCGUACUCGGGGCCGACCAGUCCGGCCCACGAACCCCCCCAAGCGCCCGAGGACGCCCUGAGCAGCGGUUCCAGACCACCCCCGCGCUAUCCGGGCCUGCCCGCGCUCGACUACCGGCUCUACAAGCCGCCGCUCUUCGAGCUCUCCUCGGACAAGACGACCCUGCGGACGUCGGCGCCGCACUUCUCCGCCGACGCGGCCGCGCUGGUCGCCCUCAUCCGGCAGCAGGCGACGGUGCCGCCGAAGCCGCAGAUCCACAUCACGGGCCGGCGCGGCGGCAGCGCGACGUCGGGCCGCGUCGACUUCGCCAUCAAGCUGAACCUGCUGCCGCUGCUGGUGCCCGAGGACCCGCGGCAGCGGAUGGACUACCUGCGGUGCGUGGGGCCCGGCGAGGUGGCGCUGCGGGGCGGGACCAAGCCGGCGGCGCAGCCGGACGACGUGGAGGGGCUGGAGGGGUGGGCGGCGCGGUUCGUGGCGGACACGGCGGCGGUGCGCGCGUUCGCGCUCGAGCGCGUCGUCGUCAACCUCGACCAGCACUGGCUCGAGGGCCAGAUCCGCGCCCUCGUCGCCGGCCUGCGCUACCCCGGCACCGUCACCGUCGCGUUCCCCGUCACGCACGCCAGGGUCGUCGUGCAGAGCCCCGACCGGGUGAACAAGUUCAUCACGAGCGUCACCGGUUUUUUUGCCGGCAAGAGGAGGUACGAGGUCGUCAAGGCCGUGUGGCCGUUUGCCACCAUGCCCAGGGGCGCCGAGGCCGGCGGCGAGAGGAGGUGUGCUGUGCAGAGCGAGGAGACCUGGUGGAGGGAGUGGAGGGAUCCUAUUCGCUACGCAAUCGCGACGAAACGGCAUGGCUGGGUCACGAACGAGGACAAGCUGGAGGUGCUGAUGGAGGCGAUGCCGGCGAACAUGCCGGUGAAUGUGGACUGGGGCCCUGAUGGAUCUGUGUAGAGCUUUUUGGGAUUACCCUGAUACACAGGAUGGCCAUUUUGUUUGGAGGUUCAUAGCGAUGGAGUUACGGCGUACAGGGAGGCACAAUGGUGUCUGUUGUUGGCAUGGAGGUAAUGUCUAUAGUAGGUAAGGUACCUACGGAUUACGCCCUAUGGAUGGCGAGCACCCACCUCAGUCCAGAGUCCAGGGGGCGGUUACGACGGAGAUGGGAAAGGUGCACUGUAUGUACUGUACAGUACCUAAGGUACCUAGUUACCUGUUAUGGUAUUGAUAGCAUGGCCCGAAUUACGGAUACACCGUAACGUUACGCGCUCAUUCAAGGAAGCUUCACUGCAGACUCCUCUCUCACCCCUCCAGUCUUGCUUGUCAUCUCUCAU